GUAUGAUUGACAAUCUGGCCUGUCCAGGGAUGGACCAGUAAAGAAGUGUACUGGGAUGGUUUAUAUAGCGGUGGGUGUGAGCACGUUGUACUCACUUCACACCGCGGCGCUCUGCUCAGCCUGACGCUCUCCACUCCACUGCGAUAGAGCAGGAGGCAUUAGCUUUACCACAAGAUCUGCUUACAAAUACACACAUCAAAAAUCGUGAUUUUAGUGUAACGAAUCCCGUUGUAGCCCUUCGUCUAUCACGUUUCAACCAUUUUAGGUUGAACAAAUCUGUUGUUGUUGAACAGUGGUUGAUCAGCAGCGGGAAGCCAUGCACUGCCAAGCCGAGUUAAGGCUCGCCUCCCUCGGGCAGCUGAAGGCGGCGAGGAGGCGCUACAAAACUUUCAUGAUCGACGAGAUACUCUCCAAGGAAACGUGUGAUUAUUUUGAGAAACUUUCUCUAUACUCGGCCUGUCCGUCGCUGAUCGUUCGACCGAAGCCUCUCCACUCGUGUUCGGGCCCGUCCUCACUGCGCUCCUACCCGCUCCUCUCCGUGAUCACACGGCAGCCCCCCAUCGUACCCGCCCACCUCGCCCAGCCCCAGCCCCCGUCCCCGGGCCGGGUGUCCCAGCACCUGCCGCUGCUCUCCGGCGGCAGCCCCCACCCCCAUCAGCCACACAUCCACCACCACCGCCCGCCGCGGGGCUCCGACUCCUCGCCCAGCCAGACGCCCGUCAGCAUCAGCAGCGAGUCGGACACGGAGCACGGCGGGCCGCGCCUCAAGAAGCCGCGCCGCAGCCGCACCAUCUUCACCGAGCUGCAGCUCAUGGGCCUGGAGAAGAAGUUCCAGAAGCAGAAGUACCUCUCCACGCCCGACAGGUUAGACCUGGCUCAAUCGCUUGGCCUCACACAGCUCCAGGUUAAGACGUGGUACCAGAACAGACGCAUGAAGUGGAAGAAAAUGGUGCUGAAAGGAGGUCACGAGGCCCCCACCAAGCCCAAGGGACGCCCCAAGAAGAACUCUAUCCCCACCACGGAGGAGAUCGAGGCGGAGGAGCGGCGCGUGAGGCUGGAGCAGGGGGAGAGGAUGAGGAGGGCGGCCGGGGACGCUGCCCUGGCCUGCGGUGGAGGGGAGGGAGACGGGGACGGGGGGAGGGGAGGAGAUGAGGCCCAGCAGGAACCUCAGGACCUGAGCAUGGUGGUCGUGGGGUCAGGCCUUUCGACGGGGCCGGCGGCGGCGGCGGAGGAGAAGGACGUCCACAGUCUAGCCCUCGGGAUGCAGGUCGUGGAGCACCAUGAGUCCCCCCUCCCCAUGCAGCCGGGCAGCCCCUUAGCAAGCUAA